AAAUUAUUUUAUUAUGGCAGAGGUCGAACAAUUAUCAGAGGAACUUACCACCUUAAAAAGAGUCGUCUAAACAUCAUUACACAGAGGACAAUUGGCUAAGGGAGUCCAUGAAGUCUGUAAGGCUAUCGAAAGCAAACAAGUAUUGAUAUAGAAAGAGUGUAGGCCAAAUUCGUAGUGUUAGCUGAUGAUUGCACAGAAGACACAUACAAGAAAUUGGUUAUUGCUUUGGCAAAAUAAUUCCAAAUCCCAGUUUGGAAGGUGGAAAAAGGAGCUUUACUUGGUGAAUGGAUUGGCAUUUCAAAGUUCCUUACUAAGACAAAGAAGAUCAAAUCAAGAAAAUGUUCAUCUGUUGCAGUCAAAGACUUUGCAAUUGAGGUCAGCGAAAAUGAAAAGUAAUUUGUCGAAGACAAAAUUAAGGCAUUGUGAAGUUAUCUAGUACAUAUAUAUAUAUAUAUUAAAAUUAUU